CUACAGAGUGUGUUUUCUACCCGAGUUGCUAAGCAUGGUGCACUUCCAAAGCUAGUGUUUUGGCAUUAAUGCUACCUGUUUUGUCUUUUAUCCUUCUAGGACGUAACAUUUAUGAAGGCCCUGGAAUACAGCGUUUGGUUUGCUUUAGCCUUUAGGUCCAUGACGUCACCUGUACAGCCUAUGAUCUGACAUCGGUCAGCAGAGAUGCUGCUUAAAGAUCUUCCCAGAGACGCCCUGCUGCGGCCGUUGUCCAGGAAUGAAGUGCUUGGCAUGUUGAUAAGGUUGACCAUAUUUGGUGCAGCGACCUACUACAGCAUCAAAUGGGUUGUAGAUGCUAUGGACCCUACCUCCAAACAGAAAAACCAAGCCAAGAAAAGGGCUGAACAGCUGAUGAAGAGGAUCGGUGUGGAAGGAGUCAAACUCACAGAAUAUGAGAUGAACAUUGCCUCUCACCUGGUUGAUCCUCUGACUAUGAAGGUGUCCUGGAGAGAUAUUGCAGGUCUGGAUGAGAUUAUAAAUGAGCUACAAGACACGGUCAUCCUGCCCUUUCAGAAGAGACACCUGUUAGCCAGAUCCAGACUCUUUCAGCCUCCUAAAGGUGUUUUAUUGUUUGGUCCUCCAGGAUGUGGGAAGACCAUGAUCGCCAAGGCAACAGCCAAAGCCUCGGGCUGCAAGUUUAUCAACCUUCAGGCGUCCACGCUGACAGACAUGUGGUACGGAGAAUCACAGAAGCUGACAGCUGCUGUCUUCUCAUUGGCUGUGAAAAUCCAGCCCUGCAUCAUCUUCAUUGAUGAGAUUGAGUCUUUCCUGAGAAAUCGCUCCAGCCUGGAUCAUGAGGCCACCGCCAUGAUGAAGGCUCAAUUCAUGAGUCUCUGGGACGGCCUGGAUACAUCUUCAAUCACCCAGGUGAUGGUGAUGGGAGCAACAAACAGACCACAGGACAUGGAUCCAGCCAUUCUGCGCAGGAUGCCCGCCACUUUUCAUGUUGGCCUGCCAAACACAAGACAAAGGCAGGACAUCCUGAGGCUCAUUCUAGCUGGAGAAAAUCUGAGCAAUGCCAUUAAUCUGAAGGAGAUUGCUGAGCGGACAGACGGUUACUCUGGCAGCGACCUCCGGGAGCUGUGCCGCGAUGCCGCCAUGUACCGAGUCCGUGACUACGUCCGCAAGGAGCAGAUGAGGCAGAUUGCUCAGCAGCUGAAGGACUGUGAAGAGGAGGAGGAGGAGAGGUUUGUGGAUGAGGACCGGUUGCGGCCGGUCACCCAGCUGGACCUCCUCUUCGGCCUGGACAAGAUGAAGGAAUCAAAGCGAGCCACAGCCUACAUGUUACCCAGUGUGGCCGAGGUUCCCCUGGACUAAACCCCCAAACCCUACACUUAAAUGGAAUGUUUUUUUUCCCUUUGCUCUACAUGUACAACGGUGGGUUCCUCCGCCAAGCAGACGCUCCACCGAUAUGCCAGAGGGGCUGUUGGACAAGUCUGCAAAGGGCCAUAUUUGACCUACGUUUAUUUCUCCAGGCAGAGGUUGUUCUGAGCAUGCUCAUACAGCACAACCCGGCUCACCGUGUACAGGUUCAGUACAUUCAAAAAGAGAAAUCUCCUCAAAGCAUCGUGCACAGAGUACAGUCGAGUCAAUGUCUUACUCAAGGAAGUUAGUUUUGAAGAGGAAAAAGCCCUUUUCAUAAACUUUUGAUCCCUGAAGUUACUCCGUCUAAUACUACCAACUAUUCUAAAACACCACCUUAAGGAUUCCUAUACCAAUCAGUCCCUGUCUUACACAGGAUCCUUAGAGGGGAUUAAGGACAAUGACUCAUGAUUCAUGAGUCACUCAAAGUCUGAACUCCAAUCGAGUCUUAAUGCUUUGGGGUUUAAUUAUAACUAUAUCUGCUGUCACUCUUCUUUUCUCUUUUUGGGCAAACAUAUGUUUGUAAAUCACUUCAUCACAAAUAUCAAGUAAUGCAAUGAGUCAGCUGAUCUGGUAUCUAUAAGGUCACAUUACAUUAUUACACUAUUUAUCAGCCAGUUGAAGGAUGGAAAUAAUUCAGUAUUUGUCCCUAUCCAUACAAACAAUUAUAUGUGUGUGUGUGUUACUGUCACUAUGCAGGAUUUAAGUUGAAUUAUUCAAAAACGUUGUCAUCCUUCAUCUCCCACCUGCUGUUGCUUUAUCCUGAACUUGUUUGGAUUCAAACAAAGUGGGAUUUAUUCUUUCCUUGCUGAGCGCUGAUAUUGUUCUGACAAGAAGUUAGUCGACUUUUUUUUUUUUUGCAGUGUGAGGUUGUAAAUGAAAACCGCAGUAAAGUAAAAUUCAUCAUUUGAUGAGUUACUGCUCCCAAGGAGUUCAUUUCUGAAUAUUUAUUUUGACAUUACAAUAAUGUAUCAUAGUUAAGUGUUUGUUCUUAGCUAUGUUAGUAUAGCUGUAGAUGUUGUAGAAGUAGAGCAGAGUAAAGUCUACCACAGGUUAGAUUUAAAACAUGCCUUUAAUUUAAGAACUUAGCCGAGCCAUUGCUCCGGGUUCAAGCCUGUUCAUCAGAUUUCAGAACACUCAUGCAUGAUCCUUUUAAUUUAAGAUCUACAAAAAAAGCAUGGAUUGGGUCUGAGAGGUUCUUUAGGUCUUUAAUGCAGUCUGUCCCAGAACUGAAAAUUACAAAUUAAAAAAAAAAUGCAGUGUCAUGUUGAGGAGUCACCACUCAAACCCUUUAACAUGAACACACCCUGUAUUUAUAUGAACCAGGGCUGCAAUCACUAAAACACAGCUAUCAUUAAACUACAAUUAAAUGUCUGUAUAAAUAUACUCACCUGUUGUAUCACUGCUCUGUUUUUCCCAGCUGUUAGCAGACGUGUUAAAGGGAUUGUGCUGUGUGCAUGUUUGUCAAUGUUGAAGCAGACAGAUGCUUUAGAUUUAAAGCAAAGACUUUUAAACCACCAAACUCUGUAACGUUCAAACCUUCAUUGUGUUCUCCAGUGGUUUGUAACAUCAUAUUUAUGGUCUUAUCAUCCAUUGUCUUUGCUGGAAUGUUUUUUUAUUUAACUAUCAAGUCAAAAUAUGUGUGUCAAUCAAUGAGUGAAAGCACCUGUCUAUCACUGCAACGCUUUACUUUGUCACUUCCCGUUUUUCAAGGAGAGCACGGCUUUAAAAUCGGAACACUCUCAUGCGGCUGUGAGUGUGAAGUUCUGGUGACAUGAUUUUCUCCCUCUCCCUCUGUAUAAAAAGCCUCAUUAUUCGCCACAUGGUCCCAGCAUGUGUUCUUGGAUCUGUUUGUGUGUCUCACACAGACCUUUUUCCUACGCAGUCUGAGAAUAACAGGACGGUUUUGUCCCACAUGGUGGCGCUGUGACUUCACUGUCCUGUUACUGGGGCAACCGGGGACAUGGACCACUCGCAACUUUUAUAGCAUUAUUGGGAGACGAUGAAAACCUGAGCACACACAGCUAACUGGAUUGUUGCUCUUCAUUAGAGCACCUCAGGUGACAGUGAAAGGUCAAAUGUUGCCAUGUGAACCAAUAAUUGUGUCUCUGUGGCUUUCACGUCUGAGUUUGUUCUGUAGAGAAAGGUGAACACACCCGUCUGAGUAUUUUCCUGCAAUGCAAUAUUAAAAUCAGGUCAUUUAUUAGUCAUGGACACAACGCCACCUCAUGUUGUUACUGUAUAUAAUACUGCAUGUGUCAUUAUCAUGUACUGUAAAGUGUAUUUAUUAAAUUAUACUGAAGAUAAUAUUUAUGUUCAUUCAACCAGCAGAGGUGUCCUCAGUUAUUUCUGCACAGAUUUCCACCUCUUGUGUGUGUCAUGUCCUUGUUUACGUAAAUGUAUAAAAUAAAAAUAAAUACCAAUC